CAUUUUCCCGCGAAGUUGGCGGUUGAAUCCUUGUCCUUUCGCAUUGUGGUAACACCGAUCAGCUGUUUGUAGAUAUCGCGUCAAGGUGGUCGUGUGUUAGGUUAUAAAUGCAAAUUGUUUCAAAACCAAGCGGCAAGUUUUUUAUAAAAGGGACAUGUGUGUUAAAUAUGUGAUUUUUAACAAAAAAUACUCAAUGUGAAAGUGCAAUAGAACGAAAUAAUGCCCAUUUAAUUGGUAAAAUCUUAAAUGUCUCCGUUGUUGAGUCGCGAAAAUUAUUUCGAAUUUAGUAUCAUUCUCGGCGUAUUUUGGUGUAAAAAUAGACUAGAAAUAAUAUUGAACUCAUGUAUGAAGAUAUAUGGCAGGUGCAUAAUUGUAAAACGAUACGUUCUUGUGUGAACAGUGUUUUAAGAAACGUUGUGUUGCAUUCUGAAUAAGUGUCCAAAUAAUGAGGAACAGUGAUAACGAAAACGUUAAGGAUUGGGAGAAAGAAAAGCUGAACCCUAAUGGAUGGCUACAAGCUCGCCCCAGUCAGCAGUUCAACGUGAUCAGGCGCAUCUACCAACAGGAUACGCUCAACAAGGACGCUGACUAUCACACUCCCGACAAACCAUUGGCGGCUAGAUGUAAGAAGGUGGUGAAAGGAUGCGGCUUCGGAGAGUGUCUUGUGAACUCGGUGCCGAUCGCGAGAUGGCUGCCCAAGUACAACCUGAAGAGGAAUCUGGUCGGCGACCUGGUGGCGGGGUGCACCACCGCCGUAAUGCAUAUACCGCAAGGGAUGGCGUACGCGAUGUUAGCAGAGGUGCCUCCAAUAGUGGGACUGUAUAUGGCGUUCUUCCCAGUGCUGGUCUACGUCAUUUUUGGCACUUCACCGCACGUUUCGAUGGGAACGUUUGCUGUCGCUUGCCUUAUGGCGGGAAAGGUAGUAACACAACAUGCCACUAUACGACCAGAAGCCGUCGGAAUAGCCAACGCAACGCUUACUGACGACGUAUCAGUGACUGCUCUCAAUGGAUAUACACCAUUAGAAGUGUUGGGGGUAGUAACGCUAGCAGUGGGAAUUUUCCAGGUGCUGAUGUGGAUGCUCCGAUUAGGCGCUGUAUCAACAUUAUUAUCUGAACCAUUGGUGUCGGGGUUCACGACGGCCGCCUCUUUACACGUGCUCGCCUCCCAACUGAAGGACUUGUUCGGCAUCAUGCUGCCCAAACUGCCUUCCAACUAUAAAGUCGUCAUGACGGUGGUGGAGAUCUUCAGAAACAUAAUGAACUUAAACGUUGCCGCAGUCACAAUAUCCAUUAUAGCUUGCAUCACCAUCGCUCUCAACAAUGAACUGUUAAAGCCGUGGGUCAGCAAACGAAGUCGAGUGCCGGUACCCAUAGAGCUGCUUGCUAUCGUCAUCGGCACCCUAGUGUCCAGGUUCUGGGGACUUAAGGAACAAUUCGGCAUAAAACUAGUUGGGACUAUACCUACUGGACUACCAGUACCAACGGUUCCGACAAUUGAGUUAUUCCCCGAGAUAGCCAUCGACGCGUUCACCAUCACGAUGGUGACGUACACCAUAUCAAUGUCCAUGGCUCUCAUCUUCGCUUCUAAGGAGAAGUAUGAGAUCGACGCCAACCAGGAGUUACUAGCUUUGGGCACCAGCAAUGUGUUUGGCUCUUUUUUCGGAUGCGCUCCGAUGUGUGCCAGUCUUUCACGCUCAUACAUACAGUACCAGGCGGGCAGUAAGACCGGCCUCACGUCUGUCAUAAGCGCAGUACUGAUCCUCUUCGUGCUGCUGUGGGUGGGGCCGUUCUUCGAGCUUCUGCCGCGCUGUGUGCUCGCCAGUAUUAUAGUUGUCUCGCUCAAAGGCAUGUUCGUGCAGGUCACUGAGCUGGCCAAGUUCUGGAAGCUGAGCAAGUUGGACGCAGUGGUAUGGCUGUGCACCUUCCUUGUCACUGUUGUUGUCAACAUUGAUAUCGGUUUGGGCGCGGGUCUGCUAGCAAGCGUAGGCGCUUUAUUCUGCCGCUCGCAGAAGACCUACACUUGCCUGCUGGGCAGAGUGCUGGACACAGACCUGUAUCUGGACACCAAGCGGUACAGGGCGGCCGAAGAAUUGCCCGGCAUCAAAAUAUUCCACUACUGCGGAGGUCUGAACUUCGCCACCAAGAACCUGUUCCGGGCGACUUUAUUCCGCAAAAUCGGGUACCUGAAACCUUCAGAACCUCUUCCAGAUGAAGACAACAACCUCACCAAGAGCGAGUCUUAUGAGUGGGACCCCACUAUUGGGAACCGGGUCCAAUGCGUGAUAAUCGACGCUACAGCGUUGUCUUACGUCGAUGCUCCGGGAGUCAAGACUCUUGUGGCCGUCCAGAAGGAGUUGGACUCUAGUAACAUUACUGUCCUACUAGCAGGCGCAAACGCUCCAGUUUUAGAAAUGAUCGAGAGAUUCAACUCUUUGGAGUCUGACAGGCUCCAAUUGGACACUUUCCCGACUGUCCAUGACGCGGUGGUUUAUUACAAACUCACAGAAGCGAAGAAACAGGAGGUUGCAGUUACUGUAACCGCGUGAUAGUAGCUCUUUUACUGGAGUCGAGUAAAUGCAAUACUUGAUGAAAACAGCCGACGGACCUGUAAAUGCAGGUACUAACUUAAUGAAGAGACGUAGUUUCCCAGUCACCAGGUUUGAUAAGGUUAUUAUUAAACUUAUUUGAGGAAAACAACCGACGAACCUGUAAAUCCAGGUACGGACUUAAUGAUAAGACGUAAUUCCCCAGUCACUGACUUGAUUUAGUUAUAAUAAAUAAAAAUAUUUAUUUUUGUACUACUUCAUGUACUUAGAUGGUUGUGUAUAUAGUAGCCAAUGCAAAUAAAUUAUCAUUACAAUGUAUUUUAUAUGUAAAUUAAUUAAUGACGUGAUAGAUUCGAGUUGUUUUCAAGACAGUAAAAACUUAAAGAUCAGUUACAUAAUUAUGUUCCUAUUUUAGCAAUAACGAUUGUGUACAAAAUAGUAUAUAAAAAUAUUACUUUUGAAAUAUCCUCAUAAGGAUUAUUAUUAUGCUUGGAUUUGAACAUUCAUAAAUUACAGUUACUUAUAUUUUUUAUUAUAUUUCCUUAUAUUUUUAAUAAAGAAGUACUUAUUGAAAUAACGAGCUAAAAAGUACAUUUGAUAUACUUAAACAAAUCGUUAUGUACUUAUAUUAUAUUUUCCUUUGAAGCUAUAGCACUUUACAGAUCCAUUAUAUAUAAACAGGUCUUUGAGGUACCUACAGGUCAUUGAAAUAUAGGUACCUGAUAUUUCUAUUCCUGCCUAACUGUAACGGAAUCAUAUUUUUUACACGCUUAAAUGUAUAUAACCUUAUCUUUUAUUAUAAAAAUUACUGCAUUAAAAAUGCAAUUGUUUUAGUGAUUAUUAAAAUUAAAAGUUAACUUUUGAAAAAUCUGUAAACUAUAACAUCUUUGAAUUGGAUUUCGGAUGGAUGGAGGAUUCGGUCUCUUAAUAUAUUAGACCGAAAUAAAAUAAACUUUUGAUAAAACAGAAAGUGUAAUCGGUUGCUUUAUCAACGAUGUUGACAAAAUUGGGUGCUUCAUUACGAGACGAGAAGCUGUAAAAUAUGAUAAACAAAUACAGUAGAAUAUAUGUAUAAAGAAAGAAUAAAUUUCGGCUUUCAUAUCACUGAUUUUGCGUUCAAAGAAAAAUUAGAUAUAUCUACCACCACUUCAAAAAUAGGGCACUGAUCGAUUCGUCUCUCUCACAACUAUCUAUCCAUAGAUUUAAAAAUAAAUCCCGUUUUUCUAUACUGUACUCUUUGCACGAGCCAAUAUCAAAUUCGAAUAGUUUGCGAGUGCAUAACGUCAUUGUCAAAUGUUGACUUUUGACAAAGAUAUUUCGCACUCGUAAACUAUUCGAAUUCGAUAUUGGUUCGUGUUAAAGGUACUGUUUUCUGUCUAUGGUUGAGAUCUCCAAGUAUUUUGUUAACGUAUGUUAUAUCUUUUCCUAAUGGCUAAUAAAGCUUAGCAUAAUGAAAUGCAAUUGCCUUUGUAGUGAGUUAUCUUAAGAGGUUGAACAAUUUUAUAACUACAUUUUAUAUAACCUAUAUUAUAGUGAAGCCAAUAGGCUGUUUGACAGUAAGAAAAAUAAUGUUCCAAUUGUUGGCAACUGUUUUUAAUAUGAAUAUUAACAGCAAGUUUACUAUUCUGAAGGAAGAAAUAAUUAUUAACUUUUCUAUAAAAUCGUUAAAUAGAAUAAAUUUUUAUGCUCCAUGGUCUCGUGACCGAAAACGCCUGGAAUUGGCCAAGGGUAAAAUGACGUCACACACUAGUAAACUUCCGGCCAAAGUGACAUUACAUUGUACCGUUUGACGUUUUAAUGACAGUCAUGUCGUGUCACGUCACAUACAAGUGGGACGCCGAAAAGUCCAGAGAAACGUUUCCGCGGUAACUUGAAAAUUGAAUUUUUCAUUUAGUUUUUUUACUGUAUAACACAAAUUAAUUAAAAAUAUUAACUUUUUAUGGACUCCAUAGACAUUAGUAAAUAACGUGAGGUCAUUUUCUAAAACUUGUCAAAUACCAUAUUAGAUGUAGGGUUGUCAAAAAGCAUCUCAAUGCAACGUAUACGUAGGUACUUACUGCUAAUUAUAACGUAAUAAAUAUUGUAAUCAUUUAUUAAUGUAACCUUUAGUUGUUUUCUUUUUAGUAUCGAAUAGUAUCAAGUAAAUACAGUAGAUCCACGGAAUUCCGCAAACAUCAAUUCAAAUAGAUUAAUUCUUGAUUUGUUAUUUACCAGAUCAAAAGGUACUCUUAUUCCAAAAACGCUGGACUAUAUAGGCAGAAUUCUAUAAUCCGACACCGCCCUGCAAAACGUUCCCCGGAUUACCACAGGUCUACUGUAAUGAUUUCAAAGGGUGGCAUACAAGUGUAUGGCCCGUCUGAUGGUAUGCGGCCACCAUAGCCUAUAGACGCUUGCGAUAUCAAAAAUAUCACUCGCACUGUUGAUUAUUCUGACCCAAUCCCCUACCCCGUGGAGCCCUGGAACCUUAUUCUCCGACAGAAACACAACACCACUAAAAGAUAGUGUUAUUUUACUGUGGUCUUCUGUUGGCUAUGUGGCCUGAUAGAGUAAAUUUUUAAAUCAAUAAUUUAUUUUUAUUAUUGCAGCUAUUAGUCACCUUUUGGUUCGUAAAGUAAAAGUAUUUUCUUACUUCAUCAACUUGCCUUAGGAUCAGCAGAGUAACGUAGCUGUGUUGUACUAUAUUUAUUUAUAAUCAAAAAAUAUUCUGAGUGUAGUAGUGGUUAUGUGCCUUUAAAAGACAAUAUUCAAUAAUUGUGAUUCUUAACAAUCGACCUUAGUAUCAUGAAAUAAUGACAGUUUCAUACUCCUUUAUAAGUACAGAUAGUUUUAUUAAGUUUCUGAUAAAAUAACGUUUAAAAAACUUUAUAUCCAUUAAAUUCACGGGUUUGUUAAAAAGAGACAGCACUAAUUUAUAUUAAAUUAAAAAUUAUUGACGUUGGCGACCGUAAGAUUGUGUGACCGAUGUUUUGUUUAAGAUAUUCAUAUUAGAUCUAUAUAACAUUAAUUGCAACAUUUUGUUUUGACAACCCUAUAAUUUUAUUUAUUGUAAAAAGCUUAGUCAAUAAGUCUGUUGUGAUAUUUUGUACCUAAUACAAUUUUAUGUACUUAGUCAAAUUAUAUAAUAAAAUUAUGUAUAUUUUAAACUUUAUUUUAUUGAUAUUCCUGUGCCUAGCUAGACGAUUAAACCAUCUACCAACAUUUAUAGACUAAAAGGCGUCGUCCUAAUUCUGCCCUGUCCGUCCUAGUGAUAGAAUCAGAAACCAGCUCCGACAUAAUUUUAAGAAAAUGAUGUAGCCGUGCCGGUCCCUAACAAUUACAAGUACCCAAAGAGGGGCAAAUAUAUUAAAAAAAAGAAUAGAAAGGGAAAAAAAGAACAUAAAAACUGGUCACAAAACGGGGGUAGUCGCAUAAUUAGAAACUUUUGCUGAGGCCACUCACAAUUUACCAAUACGCUGGUUCCCGCACCUCUUGCCGGUAAAGGAAUAUAGGCCUAGGAGUACAGUACACAUUUGACAAUGAC